CAGAAAGAACAGUAAAAAUGCAGGCAGGGCACAGGACAAAGCAUUAUUGAAACAGCAAUGUUUUACUAUAUAAUAAUCAUUUUAAAAAAAAUAAAAUUUUUUAAAAAUGUCAGAUUUGCCGCCGGUUCCCGACGUCACAGGGACCGGAACACGGAAGCCGGAUGCCGGCAUCGGCCGGAGGAGAUGGCCGGGGACGCUGCAGGGGACACAUCGCGGGAGCGAAGGACAAGGUAAGUGCUGCAGGGACUCCUUGAGCAACGCCGCAUGGUAAGCCCAAGUGUAGCUUGGGGUUACCGCUCUUGGUACUGAAAU